UUCCGUCAGUCAGCGAUGCUUUUCCACGGAAUCUCGGGGGGUGAAAUGCAGGGAGUUAUGGAGGAGAUGGAAAGACGAUCCAAGAACGAGCCAGGAAUCAGCUCGGGGGUAGACAUGGGGGAGAGAGAAACGACUAUGCCGUCCAUUAGUAACGAGAGACCGGCUCUGUGUGCAGGCUGUGGGGGGAAGAUCUCAGAUCGUUAUUAUCUACUGGCUGUGGACAAACAGUGGCACAUGCGCUGUCUCAAGUGCUGUGAAUGCAAACUGGCCCUGGAAUCCGAACUGACCUGCUUCGCUAAGGAUGGCAGCAUCUAUUGCAAAGAGGAUUACUACAGGAGAUUCUCCGUGCAGAGGUGCGCCAGAUGUCACCUGGGCAUCUCAGCAUCAGAAAUGGUGAUGAGGGCGAGAGACUUGGUCUAUCACUUGAACUGUUUCACGUGUACAACCUGCAACAAGAUGCUGGCAACCGGGGACCACUUUGGCAUGAAGGACAGCCUGGUGUACUGCAGGAUUCACUUCGAGACUCUGAUUCAGGGGGAAUUUCAGGCUCACUUCAAUCACACAGACGUGGGCACCAAGAGCGGCACUGCCAUGGGCCUCCCAUUCUACAACGGCAUGGGCACUGUGCAGAAAGGACGGCCCCGUAAGAGGAAGAGCCCAGGACCGGCGGCUGACCUGACAGCUUACAACACAGCGUUAAGUUGUAAUGAAAAUGACGGUGACCACAUGGACAGAGAACAGCAGUACCCUCCCGCUCAGAAGACAAAGCGCAUGCGCACCUCCUUCAAGCACCACCAGCUGAGGACCAUGAAGUCUUACUUUGCCAUUAAUCACAAUCCUGAUGCCAAGGACCUGAAACAGCUAGCACAGAAGACAGGGCUUACAAAGCGAGUUCUGCAGGUUUGGUUCCAAAAUGCAAGAGCAAAAUUCAGAAGGAAUCUAUUACGGCAGGAAAAUGCAGGGGUUGAUAAAGCAUCUGAUGGCACAGUACUUCAAGCAGCAACGCCGUCUGGCCCAGCAUCAGAAAUUUCCAACGCCUCUCUUAGUCCUUCAAGCACUUCUACUACUUUAACUGACUUGACUAACCCUUCUAUGCCAACCGUGACGUCAGUUUUGACGUCUGUGCCUGGUAGCCUCGAGGCCCACGAAUCCCGAAGCCCUACACAAACUACUCUCACAAACCUUUUCUGA